AUGGCACCCCUCUACCCCUAUCAAGCCACGGUCCCCGCUUCGCAUCCUCACAACUUCCAAAUGCACGUCCCUGGGACCUCUAUCCCAACCCACGAUAUCGCACUGAAGGAAUUCGCCCAGGGCUUCGUACUAGGCGCGCUUCUCUUCGUCGCUUUUCUCAUUGCACUCUUCAGUGUCCAAUUUUGUAUCUGGGCGGCUACGAUGAUAUCCGAUGGCGAGACAAAGGAAGAGAUGUGGUCUACGGGAGAUGACGUCGGUUACAAUUCUGUUCUCAUGAAUUGA